AUUGUUUUAUUUUUUUUCUGUGUUUUCUUAUGGCCAAAAAGUCUUGCUUGUGUGAUGAUUGUAUGUUUGACAUGAUAUGGUUUUGGAUUGUUUGUUGCCUACAAGUUGUUGGAUAGGUAAGCUUAUGGUGAUGAAAGCUAAUAAUCAUUGAUUGCUCGGAAGAAGAGUUCUUUUUGAUGUCCUAAAUUUUUUCGAGUUUUUGAAUGUGUUCUGCCAUUCUUUUUUUAUUUCAACAUGUUUCUUUAGAGUUUCUGGGCUAGUUGGAAGCAAAAAUUGAUGUAUGAUUGCUAUUCUUUUGAGGCAAACAGUGUUUUACUUCCAGCCUUCCCUUUAAAGACAGCAGAUGUUCUGCUUCGGUCUAAUAACCGAAACUCCAAUAUAGUUGUGGAAUUAGGAUAAUUCUCUACUGUUUUUGGCCUUUCGAGUUGCAAUUCUCAUCUGCACCGGAGAUUAAUCUUGUGCUUUUGUGAUAACUCUCAAAGUUGAUGGUGGAAAAAGCAACAGGAUGUGUUUUGGGUCACAUACUUUCUCUAGUUGCCGAGACUUCCUCUGUUUUCACAGGCCUUGUUGUUGUAACUUCAUAAGCAUGUUCCAUCAUCGACUUUCAUUUGUUUGUUAUCCUUUUCAAAACUUGUGAUUUUGCCGGUUUGGAGUUGUGCCUUCGACCUCGAUCAUCAUUUGUAUAAGACAAUUAGAGAGCUUGGUUGCUCUCAGUUGUGUGCAGUCCAUUUAUCACUACUUCAACAAUGAUACAACAGUCUGGUUGACUUGCUUCUUCAUUCUCUUCUCUGUUCCCUUUCCAUUCAGUUUUUAUGCAUGAUGUCUUUUUUCCGAGUAUUUUUGGGAAGUUCUGACUUGCUAAAAGGGGUGGUAGUGGUUAAAGAUACCACAUGUUUGGAGAUUUCCUCCCUAAAUAGUAAACCAUGCAUGUAGGACCAGGUCCACCAUAAGCAUGUCAAGUGAGACAAGUACACGGUAGAUCCAAAAAUGGUGGGUUAGGAAUGGCCGAGACACAACAAAAAAUGGAAAGAAAGGGUCCAUGCUUGGUUAUCUUUUUCUCCGUAUGAAUGUUAUGGGAGUGUUUUGAUAGAACACAUUCACAUAGACCUUUCCUGGCUGCAGAAUGCCAUUCAGUGAACUAUUAGUGGUUCUACACUUCCAUGAACCUAAGAUUCUUCUUUAUCUGCUAUAAAUCUGCAUUUACUUUUGCCUCCCAAGGUUUCAGAAAGUCAUGAAUAGUGAUGUGCAUUAAGAUAUCAGUCUCUGAUACCAGACUGGUAUAGUUGGGAUCUCAUAUAUCUUUCACAGGCUUGUGGUGACUUCCCGUCCCAACUACAGAAACUCUUCUGCUGUCAAUUGAACCCCAGCACCUUGUAUUAUUCUCGCCUGUGCAUAUAUGCCAAAAGCUCAUUGAUCCGCUUCCAUCACAAGUCCAGGGAGAAUGAAUUCUACAUCCACUCAGUUUGUAACCUCCGGAAGGAUGGGCAUUUAUGACCCUAUGCACCAGAUUGGUAUGUGGGGAGAAAACUUCAAGAGUAAUAGAAAUACAAGUACUAUGUUUAUAGCAGGUAAUCCAAAUCCAUCUGCAUCGAUAAUCAUAGCACCAGACACAAAGCUAGACGAUCAGUCAGAGGAUACUUCACACGGUACGCUUGGACCUUCUAACAAGUAUGAUCAAGAAGCAUCUAAGCCUUCUGAUAAGGUACAAAGACGUCUUGCACAGAAUCGCGAGGCUGCUCGUAAAAGCCGUUUACGGAAGAAGGCUUAUGUUCAGCAGUUGGAAUCAAGUCGUACGAAGCUCCUUCAGUUGGAGCAGGAGCUUGACAGAGCUAGACAACAGGGCCUGUAUAUCGGUGGUGGAGUAGAUACCAGUCAGCUAGGCUUCGGUGGAGUUACAAGCUCGGGGAUUCUAACUUUUGAGAUGGAGUAUGGGCAAUGGUUGGAGGAGCAAAAUAGACAUAUUUGUGACAUGAGAAUAGCUUUAAACGCUCAUAUCAGUGACACAGAGCUCGGCAUACUUGUAGAAAGCGGCAUGAGCCACUAUUUUGAACUUUUUCGCAUGAAAGCAACUGCAGCUAAAACUGAUGUUUUUUAUGUGAUGUCUGGCUUGUGGAAAUCAUCGGCAGAAAGGAUUUUAUUGUGGAUUGGAGGGUUUCGCCCUUCAGAACUUCUUAAGAUUCUCUUGCCUCACAUUGAGCCCUUGUCAGAACACCAAGCUAUGAAUGCUACUAGUCUUGAAAAAUCAUGCCAGCAAGCUGAAGAUGCUAUUUCACAAGGAAUGGCGAAACUCCAGCAAACUCUAGCAGAGACUGUGGCAGCUGGUCACUUGGGUGAAGCCAGUUACUCUCCUCACAAGGAAACUGCAAUGGAGAAGCUAGAAGGUCUGGUCCGCUUUGUUGAGCAGGCGGACCAUCUACGCCAGGAGACUUUGCGGCAGAUGUCUCGGAUCUUAACAGCACACCAGGCAGCUCGAGGCCUUCUUGCUUUAGGAGAAUACUUCCAACGGCUUAGGGCUCUGAGUUCACUUUGGGCAACUCGCCCUUGCGAGCCUGCCUAGAUUCGUAUUAGAAGGACCCUAUAGGUGGUGAAGAUCUCAAGGAGAUAAUCAUCACCAGAGCCAUACUCAGAAAGGAAAAAGGUGCGCCUUUCGGUAAUGUCGUUAUCUUAUAUGGAAGAUUCAAGCUUCUGGCAUUUUUCAAGCAGCAUCCCAUUAGUGGAAAGAUGUAGAUAUAAAUAGCCAUCCUAUCAAAGUUAGUUGUGGUGAAAUCAAUUUUCAAUGCUGUUACUGUCUUGCCAUCUAAUGAUAUAUUACGUUUUGAGUUUGCAGGUGAAACUUUGUCAUGUAAAUUGGUCUCUGUGUUUUUUGUUUUCAUCUGCCUUGUACAUAAUUGGUGAAUAUUGCUACUUAUUUGUCGUCUCCCCAUCUCCCUUGCUUAUGCAAAACCCUACUUGACUUUGAGUUUUAGGCCUGCAAAUGAGAAUCUUCUGAUAAUGAGAAGGUAUUUUCGGGUAAAA